AUGGUUAGUUCGGUGGGACAAAAAUAGCUCAGUCUUCGCGAUUUCUCAAACACGAGAAGAUCUCAACAAACGAGUUUCGCCUAUUUUUGCGACGCUCCGUAGUUCCAUUUAAUUUCCUAGCAUCGUACCCUCGUUUCGUUAUCGUUGAUAAUUUUCCAAGCGAAAACUAUCCGAAACAAAGGCGAAAAACCAGCAGCAAUGAUUUAAUAAUUGUUCCGGCAAAACUCUCUGACUCGGUCGCGAAUAAAUAUUUGUCAGCUGCAGCAGUGCAAGUGCAACAGCGAUUAAUUUUCCGUGAAAAAGGCGAAGGAAAAGGGUCGAAAAAAUGGGGGGGCUUAUGUCUACUGGCGGCCGAACGGGUCGAGGAGCGGACGAGUCACGGCCAGCGGAGACGGGUCGGUGGGAAGCUGAUGAUGUUGGCAGCAGAAAUUCAACUGCGAUUGUGGACGAAAGUUGUGCAAUAAUUGGCAAUAAAUCAGGACUGCCCGCGGUAGAUAACGAAACUGCUGGAAGCGAGCAACACGAGGAACAGGAGGAUGAGUUCGAGUCGUGCGAUGGGGCGGAGAAGUGGGACGAAUUGGAGGAAUUCCGUGAAGAGCUGGAAAGAAAACGUCAAAUACGAAAAUCAAAAAUGGCGGAUUUUAAACAGAAGAUGGACCAGCUGAGAACAGAUUUGUCCGAGGAGAAAAGUAAAAAUCGUGCUCUCAUACGGUACAUUCAAAGUCAGGAGCAAACAAAAGGAUCAUUGGACUUGGCUGUUAUUACUGGUGACGAGAGUGAAAGUGUAUCGAAAACACAUGGGGAAAAGUCUCACGCAGACAGUGAAAUCAACCCGGAAAAUCAGCUAGAACAAAGUGAUUCUGAUCGAACGGAAACAGACACAACGAAUGAUAUACGUCUCGCUUUGAAGAAAGAUCUGGCUGACUCACAGCUGCAGCUUCAGAUAGCUAAUGGUGAAAUUCUAUCGCUGCAAAGCGUCGUCGCUCAGUUACAGAAGCAGAUUCAGACCCUACGGACGCCAACCGAAGAAGAGGAAGCCGCUGCGGAAGCUCGGAACAAAGAGCUCCGACUGCUGAAAGCGGAAGUAGCCGAUUCGCAGUUCCAGCUGCAGAUAUCGAACGCUGAAGUGCUGUCACUCCAGAGUGACAUUAGCCAGCUGAAAAAUCAAAUCAAGAGCCUGAAAGACGUCAUCAAAGCCGGCAAGGAGAUCAUCAACAUUCGGGAAGAUCAAGUUGAAAAGCUUAAGGCUAAACUGCGCCAGAUCGAGGACUCUUUGCAUGAGCGGGAGAUGCAAAUAAUGUCCGCUGAUCUGCGCCGGGAAUACGAACGACAAAUGACCAACAUCCGCAAUCUACGCGAGCUGUACGAGGAACGGGAACGUGUCUCACGGAUGGAGCGUGACAAUCUGUUGCGACAGCUUGAGCUGCGCAAAAACGAUCUCGAGGCAGAGCAGGAAAAAAACAAAAAUCUCGAAUCUCACGUCGCAAGCCUCCAAGCUGACUUGGAGGCAACGAAAAACGAACUGAUUCAGACUACGGAAAAGUUGAACCAAUCGGUGGCAGAGUCGAAACAGCUGCAGGCGGAGAUGACCGUCGUAAAUCAAUUUAUUUCCAAAUUUUUGCUCGGAAUGAACCGCAAACAGACGACCAGCAGCGUGAAGCUGGACAAGCUGGCCGAGGUGCUGGAGGAGAACCGGGGCCUGCUGAUCGAGAUGACGAAGGAGGAAGCGGAAACUAUCGAUUUGGGAGCGUUCCUUCCGCGAGCCCUCUACGAUCUGGUGGCCGAGGUGGACCAGGAUGUAGACCCGACGGAGGGCGGGAUGGAGGGCGGAGCGGAAGAGCCGGCGCCCGGGGACGAGUUCACCGAUGUGCAGAAAGCUUCCCCGGAACAAAUCGCCGAUAAGCUGCCAAAAGUGUGGCGUGUGCUAAUUGAACUGGUGAAUCACCAGGAACGUGCCGAACAGGUUCCGUUCGUGGAGAAUGGCGAAAGUGAAGAUUGCCUCAAAUCUGAGCAGACCAAAAGUGGCACCAAAACGGUCGUCAGCGUGAGCAAGACGUAUCUCAAAUUGAAGGACCUCAUACUGGAGAAAAACUCCCUCAAGAAGGAAACCAAUCGUCUGAAGACACUCAACUCACACCUGGAACGUCGCCUGGAAACGCAGGAAAAGCGCCUCAGUGUCGUUAGCCUUGAGUUGACAAAAACCUGGCAUCUGGUUGGCAAGAUGCAGCGUCAACACCGUCAACUGCACACCCAGGAGCAAAUCCUACGCUACCACCUGCAGCAGAAACGCCGUCUUCUCAGUGAGUUGAAGGAAGAACUGGAGUACUGUCGGAUGAAGUGGUCAGCCGCGCGGCAGAAAAAUAUUGAAUCCGAAGAUCAGUGGCGAAUGCUGAAGGCCGAUUUCGCCGCCCGGAAGAAGCAGGAUUCACUGAAUAAUUCCGGUGAGAGUGGAUACAGCGACGAACAGCCGACCGAUGACGAGGAUGAGGAAUACCGCAAAGGGGAUAAAGGGUUUGCGCACUCGAAGGAAUAUUUGAACAGGGUGAUUGGAUUCGAGCGAUUCCGUAGUGCAUCGCUGACGAAUGUUCUUCAAGUAGCGCUGGUAAUGAGAAAAUGCCACAGUGAGUCCGACAUGAAAUCGUUACAAAAUGUAGAACGAGCGAAUCAAUUCUGCAACGGUAAAAUCGAGGAGCUGUCUAUAUGUCCGGAGGAGGAGCCAGUCGCCCGUCCGGUGAAGAAGAAAUUGAAAAAGCCAAAGAAAAAGAAGGAAAUCAAGCCUGGUCCGGAAUCAGCGGAGGCAAUGUUUAUGAGACUUUCCGGACUGACUCAGGUCACUAACGACGAUGAUACGGAUGAAUCGGAAAAUGAACUCAGUGACGAUUCCGAGUGUUCGGAAAUUGAAAAAAUAGAGCAAAGAGAAAUAACCCCCGUGGAAGAAUCUUCAAAAGAACCAGAAUUAACUAGCGAAGAACUGUUCAAUAUGAAACGAGAAGCUCGAUUGAAGAGGAUGUCAGAAUUAAAUUCUAGAUUAGAUAACUUCACUAUACCGAAUACCCCCUCCAGAGACCCCGAUAGCAAUGCCGGCGGGGUAGACCCAACAGAAGCUGGUCCGUCCAGAAUAUUAACUUCAACCGAAGAAGAUUACCUUCAACGAAGAGCCGCUAGAUUGGAGCGACUGGAGCGCGAAGCUAGAGAAUUUCGUAACAAACUUUCCCGAACUGUGAACAGAGGAAGUGAAAUAUCUGCCCAAAUUGACGAGCUUCACAAUGGUUUCAUGGCACGACAGUCCGAAUCCCCAGUGCCUUCAGCUUUACCCGAGAACCAAACGAACCAAACAAUUAUUCCCGAACUUCCCCUAGAUGACUUGAAUACCUUGACUGACCGAGAACGUGAAUACACCCAGAACCGAUCCGAUCGCCUGAGACAGCUUGAGGAUCAAAGCAAUUCCUUGAUAAAACAAAUGAAUCGAACUCUGACGAGAGGCUCUAGACUAACUUCACAACUUGAUCUGCUUCACUCACGUUAUGGCAGUGGCGAACAACCACGUAGUGAUAGUGAACCUCAGGAAGCGUCCACCGCUGUAGAAGAGACUUCGAAUGGUGAUUGUUCACGCAACCUCGCACAAAACGUAGAACCGCAGGUCGUUCCACAGACGGCCGCCAUCGACGAAGUCCUGAUGGCAAACUCUAUUAUCAUACCCCCAGACGGCCCGAUUGAAUUGACCCUGAUGUCCGACGAGGAAGCAGUGGCCGAGAUGGAUGAACAGCAGCCUGUUCCCAGUAAUGCCCCCACUGUUCAGGAGGGUGCAGAUGCGACCGAAAGCGAGGAUGUGGGAAGUAGGGAAUAAUCAUAGUGUAUCCAAUUUUCAGCUUUACAAAAGACACACUCACCAAAAUGUCGUCAAAAAAGUAUAUCGAACUCUUGAUUAUUUAGAUGAAAACAGGUCGAAUGUAAUUCUGUGUUAAAGUUGUACUUUUUAAUAUAUAUAUAAAUAUUCAGAGACAAUAAAGGAUGAUAAAACGAC